CCAUAUCUCAUGUUACCUCUAUGUUUGAAGCUUCUCCCUCAGAACAGAGAUUUCCAAUCAUAUUGGAGAUACGUAGCAUCGGCCGCGGGUCCACCUCGCAAAACAGCCAGUUGUAGGGAUGGCAGUGAAUCGCGACAAGGAGGUAUACUUCGCGAAGCUUGCGGAGCAAGCGGAGCGCUACGACGAGAUGGCGACUCACAUGGAGGCAGUGGGGAAGUCAGGGGACGAGCUGUCAGUUGAAGAACGCAAUCUCUUGUCCGUGGCCUACAAGAACGCCGUGGGUUCGCGCCGCGCUGCAUGGCGUAUCAUCACCAGCGUGGAGCAGAAGGAGACUAGCAAGGGCAACGAGGAGAACGCAAAGUUCGCGAAGGAGUAUUGCAAGAAGGUGGAGGGUGAGCUCGAUGACAUUUGCAAGAAGAUCCUUGCCGUGUUGGACAACAGUCUCAUCGGAAAGGCAACCACAGGCGAGUCGAAGGUCUUCUACCAGAAGAUGAAGGCCGACUACUACCGCUACAUUGCCGAGUACACUACGGGUGCUGACAAGGAAAAGGCUUCGAACGACGCCAAAUUAGCCUACGAGGAGGCGCAAGCGAUUGCCACCAAGGACUUGGCAGUGACGCACCCGAUCCGCCUCGGUCUUGCUCUGAACUUCUCUGUGUUUCAGUACGAGGUGUUAGCGAAUCCGGACGAGGCGUGCAAGAUGGCGCGCACCGCCUUCGAGGACGCGAUCGCCGAGCUCGACAACGUCGCAGAGGACUCCUACAAGGACUCGACCCUCAUCAUGCAGCUGCUCCGCGACAAUCUGACGCUCUGGACCUCGGACCAGGAGGGCGAGCCCUGAGGAGGGCGUGCGCCACAGGCGGGACCCGCCGUCGGAAGAGCGCGCCAGCGGGGCUGCCCAAGGAGCAGCCGCAGGCACCGUGGCGCCCAAUUGGCAAGCUGCCGCAAGAGCGAGCCAGCUCGCCAGCGAGGCUGCCCCAGGGGGAGCGCCCCCGGGCUCGGCCCAGCGACCCCGUGCGUCAGAAGCAAGCAAAAGUAACGUUGAAGCUGCUCCCUGUAGAGGGACAUGCCCGACUUGACGCCAGGCGCCCUGGCUUCCCCCGAGAACCGCACGCAGGCCCUUCCGUUCCCGGGCCCG